ACACUCACUCAUACACACACACUUAUUUGUACACACACACACUUGCAAACCGCGGCACACGUUUAUAGGACUUUAAUAACGGGACGCAGUUAUUAUUAUUAUUACUAUUAUUCAUUAAUUAUUAUUAUGAUUAAUUGAUGGUAAAAAAAAGUUCCUGAUUUGCGCGUGCCGGUUUGUUUUCGUGAGUUUUGCCAGCGCGAGAAGCGUUUUUCUUUAUUUCUUCCGAAUAAAAGCAUCAGGACUCGGUAAAGCCAUGGCGGAAACGGCGGCGGCGGCGGCACCGGCAGCGGCGAAAACCAAGAAGGCGAAAUCUCCGAAGAAGGCGAAGUCGCACCCGAAAUACUCGGACAUGAUCCAGGCAGCCGUGGUGGCGGAUAAAAGCCGCGGCGGCGCCUCGCGUCAGUCCAUCCAGAAGUACGUGAAGAGCCACUACAAAGUGGGCGACAACGCCGACGCGCAGAUUAAACUGGCGCUCAAGAGGCUCGUCGCCGCCGGUUUCCUGCGCCACACCAAGGGCAUCGGAGCCUCGGGCUCGUUCAAGCUCGCCAAAGCCGAGGAGCCGGCGACGAAGAAGAAGCAGCAGCAGCAGAAGCAGCAGCAGAAGCCGUCGGCGUCCGCGUCAGCAGCGGCGAAGAAGAAACCCAAAGCCGCCGUCAAAGCCAAGAAGCCCAAAGCCGCAGCCGCUAAACCCAAGAAAGCUCCCAAACCCAAAAAAGUGGCCGCUAGCAAGUCUCCGAGCAAAGCCAAGAAGCCCAAAGCAGCCGCGAGCGAGAAGAAAGUGAAUAAAAAGACGACGGCGGAGAAGAAGAAGAAAAAGUCGUCUCCAGUGAAGGUCAAGAAGGCGGUGAAGAAACCGAAAACAGCCGCCAAGCCGAAGAAGGUGAAAACAGCGGCGAAGAAGCCCAGAGCCAAGACAGCGCCCAAGAAAGCGGCGAAGAAGAAGUGACUUUAAAAACAAAGUUAGCCUAAUGACACGGACUCAUUAUUAUAUAACACACACACACACACACACACACACACCUGUAAAUAGACUUUUUUUUUGAGGAUUUGUUUUUUGGGUUUAUUAUUAUUAUUAUUAUUAUUAUUAUUAUUAUUAUCAAUGUUAGCCUGUUAUUAUGUAGGUCUUUGUGUGGACCUGACCUUUCCCCUUUUUAACACUUCCUGCCGUCACUUGUUGCACUAUUGGACCUGAUGAAAGGAGCUACACUCAAAUACAUACUUUUUUUUUUUUUAAUAAAUAAAUAAAUGCCUGUUGUUAUUGUUUGUGUGGCUCUCUAACAUGGAGCAUUAGUCUUUAUACAGACUUUAAGAGGUCGAGGUCUUAACGCUAAUCAUCAUGUCUGUAAACUACAUUAGCAUUUAAGUGUCAUAACUUGUUCGGACACAUUUAUACUGUACAACAAUAAACUUUUCUCCUCUUUUAAA